AUGAUGAAGGGAAGCAAGUCUUACACGGAGUAUUCAUCAUCUUUCUCAACCGAUGAAUUCGGCAACGAUCAAAACCACUCAAACGCCUACGAUUUCAAUGGACCUUGCAUCAACACAGAUCCUGAGAUGAAGAGGAAGAAGAGAGUCGCUUCUUAUAAUCUCUUUGCCACGGAGGAAAAGCUCAAGAACACUCUUAAGAACAGUUUCAAAUGGAUCAAGAACAAACUAUCUGGCGACGAUAAUAGUAUCCGGUAUAACGUCUAG